ACAUUACUGUUAACAGACUAUAAAUAUUUGUAAAUAUCCUACCAAGAUAAAGAACGGUUAUUUCCUUCAUAAAACUCUCCCCAAACCAAACUACAAAGUAUAGGUGUCAGUGAACAUGUGAUUUUGUUUCCUGAGUAGAGCAAAUGAUGUCACACCAGGCUGACCAAUCAAAUGCAGUCUUGUAAUUCAAGAGUGGAGAAGGUACUGAGAGUCUUUUCAUUCAAUACAGGAACUCCAACACGUCGACAUCUACAAUGUUUGUCUGCUUUUUGAUUCAUUUGUUCUUUGGGGAAAUGGCUCAGCUGACUUAUCAGGAAUCAUCCGUCUCUAUUCAUCAAGAGAGACGUUUUGUCUCAGCUGAAGUUGGACAAACUGUGACUCUGCGAUGUUUUUAUGAAGGUGAUGAUUUAGCAUGGCUUUACUGGUAUAAACAAAGUCUGGGUCAGACACCAAGGCUUAUUUCUACAUUCUACGUGUAUGAUACAAGAAUAACUUUCCAGGAUGGAUUUAAUGACCAAUCACGUUUCACACUCAACACUAAGAACAAAACAAAUCACUUGAUAAUUUUGAAUUUGAAAGUUUCAGACUCAGCUACUUACUACUGUGCAAGUAGCUUUAAAUUUGUAUUAAAUUUCACGGAGGGCACUAUAGUCAGUGUAAAGGACUCAGGUUGGAACGUCCCAACUUUAGUUCAUCAGUCAGCAUCUGAGACCAUCCCGCCAGGAGGCUCUGUGACUCUGAACUGUACAGUCCACACUGGGACCUGUGACGGGGAACACAGUGUUUACUGGUUCAAAAACUCUGAAGAGUCUCACCAGGAAAUCAUUUACACCCACGGAGACAGUAAUGAUCAGUGUGAGAAGAAUACAAAGUCAGACACCUGUGUCUACAACUUGCCAAUGAAGAACCUGAAUCUUUCUGAUGCUGGGACCUACUACUGCGCUGUCGCUUCAUGUGGACACAUUCUGUUUGGAAACGGGACCAAGCUGGACCUUGAAAAUAACGUGGACUCUCUUGCCUUAGUGUAUUUCUUGAUCGGAGCUUUGACAUUCACCACCAUCCUGGUUGUUGCGCUGGCUUUCUCAAUAUACAAGAAAAUUAAGGGAAACAUCUGCCAAUGCAGAGAGUCUCAACCAGGAUUAUCUGCUCCAUCCACUGGAGACGACGAGGUAAAUGGCAACCUCCACUAUGCUGCUUUAAGUGUUCAUCAGCCUGAACGGUCGAGAAGACAGAGACACAUCGAAACGGGUGAUUGUGUGUACUCCGGUGUGAAGCGCUAGGAAUGUGCUUUUCACGCCUAUAUUUAAAUAAUUAAAAAUAAAUUAUCCUAUCUAAAAUUGAAGUGUUUACCUUUAAAGCAGUGAACAAUUUUACCAUAAUCACAGUGAUUUUAGUUUGUAAAUAAAAACAAUGUGCACCAAGUUGAAAUACAUUUUAAUUUUUUGACUGUAUUUAUUCAUUUUCCAAAUUACUUUCAUAAUUAAACUGAGUUCUAGUUACAUGAUUUAUAUAGAGAAUUAAUUGCUGCCAAACUGGGUAAUUAACCAGGCCUUCUUAUUGGGGAAACAUGUGAUCUCUGGUUAUAAUAAUAUAAAUAUCACUAUUGUUUCCAGGACACAUGUAGAAAAAUUGACCUUCUAUACAGUCAAUCACAUCUCGGUCAUUGAUCUAGUUAUUCUGAGUUUUGGAUGGAGGUUAAAGACGAGCAAAGGCAAGAACAGACGUCUCGGACAUUGAGAGUCAUUUGUAAAAAAAAAAAAA